CUUCCUUCAAACUCCAUUCCUCAUUCUCAAACUGAAAAUGAAGUUCCUUAUCUCCCAAUUCGUGGCGUUGUGCAUACUAUCGAGCGCAACAGCCCAAACCACCGAAACAUUGGCAUUCUCUCCAACGGAAUCUGUUGGUUGUGAGCCUCAUGGCGAUCACUGGCACUGUGACGGUCCCGCAUCAACAUCAGCCGGAACAGCACCUACAGCAACCAGUACUUAUGAUGACCACGAAGAGGACGCAACUGGCACGGUCACUAUCGAGCCCAGCCCAACUGAAUCCGUAGGUUGCGAGGCUCACGGCGACCACUGGCACUGUGAUGGCCCCGUUUCCACUACGGCUAUUGCGGUGACAGCCUCCACUACCAGCAGUGAUGACCAUGACCACAGUGGAGGAACUGGCAGUCUAGCGCCGAGUCCGACGGAAUCAGUUGGCUGCGAGUCGCACGGUGAUCAUUGGCACUGUGAUGGCCCUGUGUCAACGACUUCGGCUCUUGCGACUGCAACGACUGGAUUCGCUACUAGUACUUCAACGGCUGCAUCUACUGAUGCGGCGGUUUCCACGGCUGUUGCUGCCCGUGGUGGUGCCAAUGGGGCUGUGAUUCUGGGGGGAGUUUUGGCUGUGUUGGCUUUAGGAAUUUAG